AUGUUCACCUUUACUCCGCUACAGGGCGCCAAGUCGGACUCCACGGCAGUUCAGUCCAUCCUCGAGCUCGAUGGCGGCGUAAAGGUACUCGUCGAUGUCGGCUGGGACGAGACAUUCGACCCCCAGAAGCUCAAAGAGCUGGAAAAACAAGUACCGACUCUGUCGCUCGUUCUCCUCACCCAUGCGACCGUCUCCCACCUUGGCGCAUUCGCUCAUUGCUGCAAGCACCUUCCAUUAUUUACGCGCAUCCCCGUCUAUGCGACGACACCCGUCAUCUCCCUGGGAAGGACACUUCUGCACGAGCUCUAUGCAGCCACACCGCUCGCCGCUACUACGAUACCCAAGUCGUCCCUGAAUGAAGUCUCGUAUUCCUACAAUGCCCAGGAUGCGGCAACAGAAUCGAACAUCCUGCUGCAGCCACCUACACAUGAGGAGAUUUCAAAAUACUUUUCAUUGAUUAACCCGCUCAAAUACCUCCAGCCGCACCAGCCGCUAGGCUCGCCAUUUUCACCGCCUCUCAAUGGCCUAUCGAUUACCGCAUACAACUCGGGCAGCACUCUGGGCGGAACUAUUUGGCAUAUACAACAUGGCCUCGAAUCCAUCGUGUACGCUGUGGACUGGAACCAGGGCCGUGAAAACGUAUACGCGGGCGCAGCCUGGCUAGGUGGUGCUGGCGGCGGUGGUACCGAAGUCAUUGAAUCAUUGCGGAAACCGACCGCCCUCGUCUGCAGCAGCAAAGGAGCAACAAAGUCAUCACUACCGAGGGCGAAGCGAGACGAGCCCCUGCUCGAGACGAUAGAAAGGUGUGUCACCAAUGGAGGCACGGUGCUUAUACCUGUGGAUUCGGGCGCAAGAGUCUUGGAGUUGGCCUACCUUCUCGAACACGCAUGGCGACGACAUGCUUCCAGCAAUGAUGGUAAACUUCAUGCUGCCGAACUGUAUCUUGCUGGCCGAAGCAUACAUAGCACUAUGCGAUAUGCUCGUAGUAUGCUGGAAUGGAUGGACGAGCGAAUUGUACAAGAGUUUGAAGAGGUUGCAGAUGGGGCUAAGAAAACCAACGGACCGGCCGACAACGCGAACCAAGCCAAACAGGGAGGACCGUUUGAUUUCAGAUACUUGAAGCUACUUGACAGAAAAGGUCAAGUCGACAAGAUGCUUGCUAAAGCAAACGGCGAAGGGUCAGUUGGUAGAGUCAUACUGGCUAGCGACGCGAGCCUAGAAUGGGGGUUCUCGAGAAAUGCUUUCAAAGCGCUGGUGCAAGACCCCAAGAACCUGUUGGUUCUCACUGGGCUCCCCUCUCCGCCUGCUGACGGAUCUACAACCAUGUCUAGCAUCUUUCACAAAUGGUGGAAAACUGCAGUUGAGGAGAAUGGGAAGCAUGGCGUUGAUGCCGUUGGAACAGGUAUCGGGGUGGAUGGAGCGCUGAUCCAAGUCCCAGGCGACGGGCGGGAGGCAACACUGCGAAAUGUUCAAAAGGAGCCACUUGAAGGCGACGAUCUUGCAGUUUACAGGUUUUGGCUUGCACAACAGCGUCAGUUGCAAGAUACACUGCAAACGGGCGGCACCGAAACACUUGAUACAGGCCUUGACAUUGAUGAUGCUUCUUCAGAAUCCUCGUCCGAGUCUGGAGACUCUGAAACACACCAACAGGGCAAAGUCCUUAAUGUUGCUGCCACACUGGGUAGGGCCACUCGAAAGAAGGCUGCUCUGGCUGAUGAGGACCUCGGCCCUAACAUUCUACUAAAGAAGAAGGGCGUCUAUGAUUAUGACCUUCGCGGCAAGAAUGGUCGCGACGCCAUGUUUCCUUACCCGGUCCAGAGGAAACGAACGGACGACUAUGGCGAUCUCAUUCGCCUCGAAGACUUCCUGAAGACUGAUGAGCAGCAAGAGGAAGCAAUGGCCGGAGACGAGGAUGGUAAACAGGAAUCUCAAGACAAUCUUGGCAAGAAGCGCAAGUGGGCCGACUCUGCUGGCAACGCUGGUUCAACCUCAGGGACCGACAAGCGACCGAAGCUGGAGCGCAAUAUGUCAGACGAUUUCGAGCUGUCUGUGGUCGAUGGCCCCAUGAACAAUGACCUGGACGAUGUGCCAGACGAUGAAGAGGACCAGGAGGAAUCUUCCACGGGACCAUUCCGGCUCAGUAUCACAACGGAACAAAUUGCUGUCGCCCUGGGCAUAACUUUUAUCGAUUUUAGUGGUAUACACGACAAGCGAAGUCUCCAUAUGCUUAUUCCUCUCAUCCAACCUCGGAAGCUGGUGCUUACCGGCGGUAGCGCCUCGGAGACAGAUGACCUAUCAGUAGAGCUGCCGAAACUAUUCCAAUCUCAGAUUGAUAUCUUUAUGCCAGAUGUGGGCGCAACAGUUGACGCUUCGGCGGAUACCAACGCCUACACAGUCAGCCUAGCACCUGCCCUUGUAAAGGGCCUCAAAUGGCAAGACGUCGGAGGUGUCAAGAUUGCCACACUGGUUGGCCGACUGUCUGUGGCUGACGAAGCGAAGAACCCCAUCCUCGAUAUGCCUGCCGCUCUUACAACCGGGCUGACUGCAACACACUCUGUUACUCCCUUCCACGUAGGAGAUCUUCGACUGGCAAAUCUGAGAAAGGAUCUUAGGGAUAGUGGAUACACGACAGAAUUCAUGGGAGAAGGUACACUAUUGGUACAGAACUCAGUCAUAGUCCGCAAAGCCGCUACUGCUGGUCGCAUCACUGUUGAGGCGGCAGGCUGGGAAACUGAUACGGUGCAAAUCGUGAGAAAGAAAGUGUAUGAUAAGCUAGCUGUUCUCGCCAGCUAA